AUGUACACUGGCAAUCUCGGAGUCCUUGCCUCUGUUUCGAGGGUGAGCGAGAACGUGCUCCAAGUUUUAGGACAGAAUCCAGGACUCGGAGAAGACACACUCCAAAGUACCAAAAACUACAUAAUUGGCAAGAAGCGGCCUUUUGCGCUAGUCGAUCUGGGUGAAGGACGCACCGAAUACACUCCUCUCCUUGAAUUUGCGUUGAAAGAGGCCACUAAAGGAAGCGCUACCGCCGAUGAGCAAGAAGUCGACGUAUCUGAUAUUAUUCUUCCUUAUUGGCGCACCUCUCAUAGUGAUGGGCUUGCCACAAUACUGGGACUUCUCCGCAGACUCUGGAACGAGCGGAACGGUUCACUGCCAUUCAAGCCUCCGCGACUACACACGUUCCCUCUUCAAUCGCCAAAUCCGAGUCCCUAUGAACAAUUUUACCCCAUUGCCACUCCACUUCUUUCGCCGCCAACUGGCAACUCUUACACUGUUUCGCCUACAGGAAGACUAUUCCACGAGCUGAUUGAUGGGCAAACCUUUACCAAUUUUCGUGUGUUCCGCAUUUCCAGCGGCAAAUCUGGCCAUACAACCGAUUCGAUUUAUUUCCAUGUACCCAGCGAUAAAGUGCUUUGCACUGCCGGCGCCGUUUUUGCCCAAAAAAACACUGUUUUCGAAGACUUAGCCGCCUAUAUGCGCAGUCUCCAACAUUUGUUGACGUCGGUGAGGGAGGGGGGAAUCGAGAAGCUUUAUCCUGGCCAUGGUACUGCGGUGUUUGAGGGCCGAGAUCUCAUCGAAGGCUACAUUGCUCAUGAACAAGAUCGCGCAACCCAGCUUUUCAAGUUUGAAAACCCAGUUGUCGACAAUGCCGAGGUGGAAAUUGAAGCUGAACCAAUGUCAAUCGAUGACGGCGUCAUUGACAAUGCUGACUUGGUGAUCAUGCGCUAUGGGUUCCAGUCAGACUUCAUUGCUCCUGGUGACGCAAAAGCCACCAAUGCUCUGUCAACAUCGUGGGCUCUUGGGGACACCGAUUGGAAAGAUCCACCACAAAACUAUUCUGUCCUACUGCAUGUAAUUCACGAGUUCUCCGGUGCUGGACCAGUAGGCCUCUGCGACAUCAAUACCCCAACUGCCAGGUUACACACUUAUGACUGGCCUGUCAUGGUCAAGAAACUGAUUGUUCGGGGAGGACAAGGGGAACCACUCAGAUUUGUGUUUGUCCCCGACAAUAGUGAUGGUCUAUUCGUGGAGAUAGAAGAUGGGGCUACGGUUCUGCAAUGCAUCCGGUCACGCUGGCGGAAUACCAAGACAAUUAUUCAACAACUUGUGAGAAUCGGGGCAGCAUUCUCACUUUGCUGGCGUCUAUCAACCGGUAGCAUUGCUCGGUGGCCACCCGCCCAAGUCUUGUUAGGGCGUCGACGAGCCAACUAUCAGCCUACCACAGUUGAUUACCGGGCGUAUGUAAAGCGGCGAGAUGCAUUCUUGACAUCACCUCGCGGUCGCGUGGCAUUGUUCCAGGGCGGAUUUGUGGCGAGAAUCGCUCGAAUGGUCAUACCAAACUAUCAAGAAGUCAUCCGUAGUCUGCAAGGUGAAACUGUCCCCGAAUAUGGCGUCUUUCUUGCAGAUAUUCCAUACGGUGGCUCCUUGUGGUACCAAGCACUAACACCCAGUGAGAUUGACCUUGUUUUGGGUGUGUAUAUGGUGGAAACAGGGCAACCCGACGACAGCGACAAAUAUGGUGCUCAAGUCAAGUAUGCAUCAUUUUGGCCCACGCUAGCAGCGUUCCAGUCUUCAGGCCUAAGCGUGGGCUGGUGGAGUCCCAACUGCGAGAGAUGGUUCCAGAAGCGCCUGAUGGAGCUGCAGGGAGGAACAGGAAACCUUUUGAGCACUCCAGAAUGGAGGUCGAAAAUUCGGUUCAACGCUCAGGGACGGAGGACAGCGGCGAAUAACAGUACGAUGGCUCGCAAGUUUCUUGAGUCGUGCCCAGCUCACGCCGACAUCAACUUGUCCUGGGAUCUCUUCUCAUAUGCGCAGCAUUCCUCAGCAUUCCUUUCCUCUCGUCAUUGGGGUCCGUGCAUGCCUCUACUAUGGAGGCAGUUUUCGGCGCUCUUUUGGAAGAACUGGAUCGUACUAUCUAAGCAUCCCUUUCUGAACAUUCUUCGUUGCUUCAUUUUCCCGGUUGCCUAUGGAAUCUUUCUCGCUGUCGCGAAAAAGUUCUUACUGAAACCCAAUAAUUAUGGAAUUGGCUCCCCCAUCCCGAUAUACUCCCUUCAAGACAGAUUCCAUGACGCGGGAACGCUUGUCUGGGCAGACGCGACCGACGGCAAGAGCCAACCUUCGCCCGACGACAUCAUGGCCCGCAUUACGAAUGGAUUUACGGACCGUCAGCUAGCCUCCGUCAAGAAAUCCAGCAGCGCAGCACAACUCCCUUUCGAGUGCCCGCAAAACUUCAACGGAUUUUCCGAAUGUUAUGCGGCAGUUAUCUUCUACGACAUUCCAACAAACGCGACCAAACCCAUAAACUACACGGUGCUGGCGGACUCGGGGCUGUUCCACAUCGACGUCGUUCGCCAUGCAAGUGACUUUGAGACCAGGGUUCUGCCAUUGCAAUGGGCAGUUGACGAGGCUAUCAUACAACUGCGGACUGGUGUCAGCCUUCCUACGCCGCGUGAAUGGGCGUUCACAAACGAAACAAAUGUGGAGCAAGAUGAUCGUACCCGGUUGAGCUUUGUACGCGGCAUUCGAGAACUUCUGGUUAUAGCAUUCUUUGUGUGCUUUUCAGGAAUAUCCUACCAACUCCCUGGCGCUUAUGCAGGCGAGCGGGCAACUCAAGUGACAGCCCAUAUGCGCGCUAUGGGAUUAUUUGACUCGGCACGCAUUGCUGCUUGGCAUCUGAGCUACAGCCUCAUCUAUUUGCCUGCGUGGGUUAUCGUCUCACUAGUGUGGCGCUCGCAAAUAUGGGUCGAAACCAACGUGCUCAUGAUAUUGGCUGUUCACAUCCUCUUCGGCUUAUCCCUGGCAAGCUGGUCAUUUUUUGUUGCUGCACCGUUCGGCAAGAGCCCCCAAUUGGCAGCUGUGUUCUCUACGUUCUUGUCAAUAAUGUUUGCUAUCAUCGCGCUGAUUCUCAAACGAGUUGGAACUGGUGGUGCCUUUUUCUUUACCAUCAUCUUCCCUCCUGGGUUUUAUAUUUUCGCCAAUCGGGCCAUCAGCGGAUAUGAAAACCACCGAUUACCUACUGACGCCAUCCACGGAGACCCUGAUCACCAAUUGGCCUUACUCACCAUCCUAAUCGCUGGUCUCAUUGACGUAUUCUUGUGGCCAUAUCUUGGUGUCGUUCUAGAGCGACGACUAUACGACCCACGAGAGCCGUCUGCUUCUCGUUCUUGGAAAUGUUGGGGUAGACGACGCCGCGGGGAACUACAGAUGCCGGUAGACGUGGCCGUGUCCGUGCAAGGGCUUGGUAAAACCUUCAACACGUCCAUGUUCAACCGCAAAGGUGGGGCGGUCACCGCGAUUGAAGAGCUCUCGUUCGAUGUCCCACAGAAAGGGAUAUUUGUGCUUUUGGGUUCGAAUGGAGCUGGAAAGUCCACCUCCUUGUCCAUUAUCGGAGGUCUUGUGGGACGUACCAAAGGAGAGAUCGUGUUCGAAGGGGGCGUUUCUAAACCACCGCGAGGGACUUUGGGCAUCGUGCCUCAAAAGAAUGUCUUGAUCUCCGAGUUGUCUUGUCUCCAAACCCUCAAAUUAUGGCGCGCAGUCAAGUGGUCCGGCAAGGCAGAUAAAGACGAAGACCUCGUUCAGUUACUAAAAGACUGUGAUCUCGGGAACAAGAUUCAUGCGAAUGCAGACACCCUUUCUGGUGGGCAGAAGCGCAAGCUGCAACUAGCCAUUGGUCUUGUUGGCGGAUCGAACAUCGUCCUAGUUGACGAGUGUACCUCUGGAGUCGACCCACUUUCGAGACGCGCGCUAUGGAGGACCCUGAUUUCGUUCCGUCAAGAGCGCACCAUUAUCUUCACGACUCACUUCCUCGACGAAGCAGACCUGCUUGCGGACCACAUCGCGAUAUUGGCAGCACCCGGAAAACUUGUUGCGUCGGGCUCACCAGUUGCUCUCAAACGUGACCUAGGGGAAGGGUAUACCGUACAAGUAACCUUGGCCCAGUCCAGCCCUGUCGAAGAGAAAGCCGGCCCUUCGACCACAGCAGAGCUUCUGGGUUCGAUACGCGCAAUUGCCCCUCUUGCUCAUGUUGCUUUGGCCUCUCCGCAUCAGCCGCUAUAUCAUUUGAAGAGCAAAGAUACCGCCGUCGUAGAUCAAGUUCUUCGCCUUCUUGACAACGACAAGGAGAAAUAUGGAGUUGCCUCGUAUGACGUAUUGGGUACCUCCAUUGAAGACAUUUUCUUGGACUUAAUGAGGAAAGAAGAUGCAGCGAGUGGUAACAGAAACAGUAUGGAUGCGUUGGACGAAGCAGACAAGAGCGCCACACCGAGUAAUGCUUCGAUUGACGACACCAAACACGUCGAAUUGAAUCUAGUCACGGGACGAGCCACCUCACCUUUCCGCCAGGCGCUGACCAUAUUCCGCAAACGCGCCAUUAUAUUCAAACGAAGUUGGCUAACACCGGUCCUCGCCGUCCUCAUCGCUAUCGCUGGCUCUACUAUUCCCCUCGUAUUCAUCUCUGGCAGAGCACAGUCUUGUGUCAAGACUCUCGACAUUCCCGCCUUCAACGAGCCAUUGUUCCCGCCCCUCUCCACGCUACUUGCGUUCUACAAAGGAGAUCCUUCUCGAGUCUUGAUCUCCCCACCAUCUCUAGCAAACACUUUUGGCAACCUCACGGCCGUCAGUGCUGCUAACAUCGCCAAUUUCACCGCAUUCUUUAAUGACACGGACAUCGGGAAUACGACUGCUCUGCAGCCCUUCAGUUUCCUGCCCAUUGCGGAUAAUGCCACCUUUGUGAGCACGAUCCAAAACAACAUCCACAAUAUCAGCACGGGCGGUGUUUCGUUGGAUGUCACCUCUGGCCAAGCGUUUAUUGCAUGGGAGGCCUCGCCGCCUGGGUUGAUGGGUCCCAGUAUUCUCAGUUUGGCCAGCAAUCUCCUCUUUAACCACGCUUUGAAUGUUUCUGGACGGGCGGGACCAAUACCGGCAUUGAUGCUCCCUACAUACGAAUCUUUUCCGCCUGUUGAUGCUGGCACCCUUUUCGCGCUCAAGUGGAUUGCCUUCUUCUGUGCCGUCAUGUCUGUUUUCCCGGCGUUUUUCGCGCUCUACGUAUCCAAAGAGCGACGUUCCUCGGUUCAAGCCAUGCAGUUCAGCAAUGGCCUACACAACCCCGUCGGUCUCUGGCUUGGACAUCUUAUGUUUGAUGCUAUCUUCACGGUCAUCAUGUCCACUAUUGUCAUCAUCAUCUUCGCCGCUGUUUCGAAUCAGUUUCAUGGCCUAGGUUUCUUUUGGCUUGUGAUGGUGUUAUAUGGGAUUGCUGGAACACUUUUCGCAUAUUGCUGCUCCCUGAUAGUGGUGUCACCACUAGCAGCGUUUGCAACAGUUGCGGGGUACCAGAUCGUCAUGUUUGUGCUGUAUUUGGCCGGAUACUUGCUUACCCUCACGUACGCCAAAACUUCUGACGCCAACCACAUUAUCACCAUCAUCCACUUUACGCUCUCCAUCUUGUCCCCUGUUGCGAGUGUGACCAGAGCGGGUCUUGUCUCGGUCAACUUGUUCUCUUUGCUUUGCAAUGGAGAAGAAACCAAUUUGAGCGCGUCGUGGAUGGCGUCGAUCAUGCGAUAUGGCGGACCCAUUGUCUAUCUGGUCAUCUACUCCCUGGUCUUGCUUGGCAUACUUGUUUGGGUGGAUUCGGGCUCCCUGUUUCCGCGAAGGUUCAAAAAACAACAUUCACGGUCAACAAUAACCAACUCGGAGACAAAUCGACCAGUCAAGGAAGAUGUCAUCCUUGAAGCACAAGCCGCCGCGGGAUCAAAUGACCUGCUUCGAGUGCUCAAUGUCAGCAAAACGUUUGGCAAGAACACAGUCGUUGAUGAUGUCAGCUUUGGGGUCUCGAAAGACACCGUGUUUUGCAUGCUUGGCCCGAAUGGCGCGGGAAAGACGACCACAUUCAAUGUCAUUCGAGGAGAUGUGAUUCCGGAGUCUGGAGAUGCGCUCAUUCAAGGCAUUUCCGUUCUCAAUAACCCACGAGCGGCUCGCGUCUCCUUGGGUGUCUGCCCACAAUUCUCUGCUAUCGACGCCCAACUCUCGGUCCGUGAACAUCUAGAAAUAUAUGGCCGGUUGAAGGGACUGAGCAAGACUGAGGUCGACACAAGCGUUGAUUCAUUACUGGAUGCUAUCGGUCUCCGAAUAUAUGCUGACCGGCUGGCCAGCAAGCUUUCCGGGGGAAACCAGAGAAAGCUUUCGCUGGCAAUUGCGUUGAUGGGCAACCCAUCUGUUGUCUGCAUUGACGAGUUCUCCACUGGAAUUGACGCGAAGAAGAAACGGGAGAUGUGGUCCACGCUCCGCGCUGUCUCGGCCAACAAGGCAGUCAUCAUCACGACCCAUUCAAUGGAGGAGGCUGCAGCGCUGGCCACCAAAGUCGGCAUCCUCGCCAAACGGAUGCUUGCUGUUGGGACGACAGAGCAGUUGUCUGCACGCUACGCGACUUACGAAGUCCAUUUCGCCUGCCGCACGCGAGAGGAGGUUGCCCGGGCGCAAGCGGUCAUGUCUACCAUCCCUGGCUCACGCAUGGCUGACGAUGUGGCCACCCGAUUCGAAGUCCCGAUCGAGCGGGAAAAUGGCCUGUCUCUGGCGGAGCUAUUCCAUCGACUCUCGACACACGACGACUUCUCGGAAUAUACGGUCGAGAAGGCCACCCUGGAGAGUGUGUUCUUGAAGGUCAUCCGGGAAAACAAUGUGCAAGAGGAAGACACUGCAAAACGGGGACAGUGGCGCCGACUGAUGGGAGUUUUCGGGCGAUAG